CUCUCGCUCUCGCGCUCUCCGUCACCGUGUGCAAACUAUUUCCACAGUACUAUAAAUAAGGCUGCAGAGUGCAUAGGCUCAAACCUAAGGCGUGGCUGUGUGCAGGUGGACCACUGCUGCUCUCCAUCUCAACUUUCUUCAAACAGGACUUUCUCCUCCGAGGAACUAAAUCACCGCAAACAUGCCUAAAUGCCCCAAGUGCGAGAAGGAGGUUUACUUUGCUGAGAGAGUGUCGUCACUUGGCAAAGACUGGCAUAGACCUUGUCUGAAAUGCGAGAAAUGCAGCAAGACCUUGUCGCCUGGCUCACACGCAGAGCAUGAGGGGAAGCCUUAUUGUAACAACCCAUGUUACGCUGCACUCUUUGGACCCAAAGGUUUUGGACGUGGCGGCACUGAGAGCCACACAUUCAAAUAGGUUUAUACACUCUGUAAACAUGUUUUAGAGAAGCUUGACUUUUGUUUUGUUUUGGGGUUUUUGCCACUAUAUUAAGCCACAUAUUGUUAAUCCAAAGACAAAAUGACCAAACUAUGCCAUGUUUUAGAAAGUACUAAUUUGUAUAAUCUGUUUUCAAAAUGUUGUCUGCUAUAGCAGCUCACAAUGUUUCAUUAGGGAGACUUAUCUAGUCUUUAUAAUGAAACUGAACAUUUUAUACAUUAAAUGUAUUUCAAACCUC